AUGAAUGAAAUAUUUGAUGACGACGAUGAACCAACAGUUAAAAUAGCAAAUUUAGAAGAAAAUAUGACCGUACAUGUAUUGAAUGCCCUUGUCAAAUCAGUAGCUGUAGCACGUGAUCAAGAUGGUAUUGAAUAUUACAAAUGUUUGAUCAGCGAUGGUAGCGGUUUAAUUUGGUUUUAUGCUAAUCCACAGUCAUGCAUGACACUUGACAGUCGACGUAUCGACAAGGGAUGUGUUUACUGUUUACGGUUUGUUUUUCAAUCAAAUUCUGUUUUUUUUCCUUUCAAUAUACAAAUCUAUCAGCAAAAAAAAUGAAA